AUGGGCGACAACGAACACGCCUUGCGCGCGCAUAUUCGCAACCUAUUACUGGACUAUUGCCGUACACACCUCACGAUCGACCAUGUCAAGUUCACUCGACAGGCUGCAUCGGAGCUACUCGCGGAAAGCCUGAAUUACAUCCCAACUCAUGACCCCGCCUCUCUGUUACUCCCGACUGAUCCCUUUGACUUUCUCGCAAAAAAGUGGCGUCUGGACAGCAUAGAAGAGUAUGAGGAGCAUCCGGUAGUUAGCGCUGAGGCGUUGCAGUAUGUGAAGCAAAAGCUGCCUCGCCCAGGGAAGCCCAAGAGCUCGACCAUCUGGGAUGAAGCCCAGGACGUUGAUUAUGAACGGUGGCUGUCGCGUAGACCGAUGUCACCCGUGUUGACCGCGUAUGCGCUGCGUGAGACGCCGAAGUUGGGUUCAAGAAGCGCUGCAGACAUGGGUCCCAAGUCCCACACUGGCUUUCUUGACUCUUAUGGUAUACAUCCUGUGAAGGUGGAAGACGAUGAGGAACAGCCCCGACUAGAUUUGGACGACGCAUUGGACAAUAAACCAAGCAUGAAUGCGGAGACAUACGCUGCCGUGACUGAAUCCAUCAGAUUCGCCGCUCGACAGCUCAACUCGCGUGAUUCUGCUCCGGGUGACAAUGCCUACGCCCGCGACUUCCUCAGAGCAGACUCCCCCAUCCCGAUGCCAGCUCAGCUUGAUUCUCCUCCACUCUUCGCUAGAGACAGGUUACCAGGCCACAGACCAAAUGCCUUGGUGUCAUAUCCCCAUCCAGCGGGAUUGAAGAGCAUGUCAGACCUGCCUGCUUUGGUGCCCAAAGUCGAAAUCAAGAAGGAGGAUGAAGAAGAAGACUUGUACAAAGAGCAUCUAAUUGUUGUCAAUGGUUGGCAAGCCUACAAUGUGCCUUCUUCCCCGUCUAGGACACCCUCGUUGGGCGGCAGUUCCAGUGAGAUCGACGAACUCUUUCCGCCUUCUCCGGAGAACACCCAGUUGUUUAUUGAAUCUCUGGCAUCUGCUCAGAUGGAUGAGUAUGAGCUUCCGAGGUCGGAGAAGGUUGGGAGGGCGAGGGUUCGACCCAAGGUGAUCGGUGAGGGUGAAAGUCUGGGUUCUUUCCUGGGCUCCUUACUCCAGCCGCAUCAAGUGCGCAAGGAGCGUGCUCAGAUCGUUACGACCCCAAAAUCCUACCCUUCUUCGCCUCAUACAACUAUCACCAUGUCGAUGCUGGGUCAGCCACCUUCAGUACUCGAAGACGAGUUUAAUAUCGGAGACGCUGCACCUGACAACUUCAGAGGCUAUAUGUCAGAUCCAGACCUGGAAGAUAUUGUAGGACGAUUAUGCGGCGGGGUUCCGGACGAGGACCUGACAGACGUGAUCAUCAGAGAGAAGAUAGACGAGAAGUAUUGCUUGCUGAUGGAUGUGCCAGAACUGCCGCCGCCAAACGUGCAUCCUCCCAGCAUUUUCCUGCCCAAGAAGUUGUCUGAUUUGGUCGCUGUACCGGAACCCUUGAUACCAAGUACCUCUCACGAUAAACAGCCUUUUGAAGGACUCAGGAAGGCUAAGGGCCUUCGAUCGCUUACAAUGGAGCUGACCUGGAUGCCGUUCAAGUACGGUCGCACAAUUCCCACUGACGAGGACUGUGCGGGAGUCACGGAUGCCAACAGUAUCCGGGAUGCAAUCCUCAAGUGGAUAGGUGAUGAUGAGACUCGAGCCGUAACAGAGCUUCAACGUCUACUUGAGGAAGCACUUUCUCUUGAUACUGAUCUUGACGCUGAGACUAGUUGCCCGCCCUCUAUGCACGGAUGGUGGGACGGUGGAUCCGCGGCUGAUGACCUCCGGUCUGGGGACUACAUCACCAAUAACAUCAUCUUGACAAGGAUGGACCGACGGAAAGCCAACGGAUUAUCAGGUGAUGCAUUCGGCAAUCUGUCCCAAGACGAGGAUGCGAGUGUCGAUGAAGUGGACCAACGGAAGAAGCGUGUCAAGUUCGACGAUCAUCAUCGCACAGCUGAUGGACCUGCUCACUAUGGAGACGAUUUGCACCAAGUGGACGACUCUGGGAUCCUGAUGGUGGAGCCGGAUUGCGUCAACGGCAGCGACAAUGUCUUUAGCCAACUUGCGCUCGGCGCGGAAGGCUUCGAGGGCGCGCUGGCGGAUGGGGACCUUUUCCGGGACAUCGAUCCUAUCCACCACAUUGAUCACGCUUCCGCUUCACCGCGGGCCCUGCGCUACUCACCAAUGGUAUCUGCUCGCUAUAAUGCACAUUCUACUUACGAGGUUACUACCGCUGCUGUUGGCUUACCUGAGCAACAUUACCACCAUGAAGGCGAAUUGUGGCCUGUGAAUGACGCUGAAAACUCUGCUGCCUUCAUGCCUCUGUCUUUUGAUUCUGCCCAUGUACCGAUUGCUCCUCAUACUCCAGAACCAGAUGCUCCAUCUCCACGUCGCUAUGGAUUUGCGCCUGAUGUCGAUCCAAGUCAACGGAAUGUACUUAUCUCUGCUGACGGUCGGGAAUCACCUAAUGUUUCCUCCACUACCUUGAUCCAAGCUCCGGCACGCGGUAUUUCGGGUUUCUCUCCAAUGACAUCGGCUAGGCAAUCAUUGGCGGACUUCUUGAAGUUUCGUGGAAAGUCCUUUGCUACGACGACCAAUGCUGAUCCACAUUCCGCACUAAAUGCUCAAUUGUCGGUCCCUGCUGUGCAUGACUCUGCUACCUCUCGCGAUAUUCCUGAAGAACUCCUUGACUCUCGCACACUUCGCCUUCAUGAUCAUCGUACUCUACCCACUACCGUUCACCGGUACAUGGCAUCAAUGGAUUUCAUCCAGAAGCGAGCCCUUGUUGUGGCUCUUUCCUCGUCGGAGUGCUUGGUCGACCUUACUGAGCGAGAACGGCUGGGCGAUGUCGAACUCAUUGUGGAUCCAGACACGGCGAUAUUGUUCAGUACUCUUGCGGCUCUUCCUUCGGAACUCGACUCACUGAUGAUGAGGCUGACUCAACUUUCAUGGCGAUAUAUGCAUCUUCUUGUUAUCCUUGAAGCGUAUCCUCCCUCCUCUUCAUACAGGCAUGAUCAUGACUCAUCUACCGCUGCUCCUUACGCCUUCUCGCCUCCUGUCGUCAAAGCUGUCAAGAAGCUACGGCGAGAUCUAAGCAUUGCGGAUGCAUGUCGGUCGAAGUGUUCUAUGUCUACUGUGCACUUCGCCUUUGCGAACACCGUCGAAGAAGCAGCCAUGUUCACGCGAGUGUAUGGAGACAUCGCUCAGGACAGAGAUGCUACAGGCGGAGCCAUCUGGGGCGCGCGUGAGUGGCUUGACUUGGAUGAACAAGAUGGAGAACUUGAUUUAGCGGGCGUCGAUGGUAUGAAUAUGUUCGCUGCCUCGAUAGUUCUAUGCCAGAUCAGCUUGGAAGACUUCUUGGAUCAAACACCUGAGGAGAGGUUGGACUACUACGCAGCCUUGGUAGGCACCGAGAGGAUCACGCGCUUCAACGAGGAGUUUACACGUCGUUCGGCGGCAAUGGAACUUCAUUCGUCGCCCCUCUCAUCGGUACAUGACCAAUCCGACAGAUUACCAUUGGCAGAAGACUCAUAG